CGAAACUUCGGGGGCCAGAUGCCCGAGGGCGCGGCGGCGCUGCCAGGCUGCCGCUGCUGCCCCUGCGGGCCCCGGGCGCGUCUCCGCAGGCGGCGCUGCCCGCGGCGCGGCGUGUGCACCGAGCGAGUGAAGGUAUGUGUGGCGGGCGCGGCUAGAGCUGCCGCCGCCGCCGCCGCCGCGCCAGCAGGUCCUAAUGCCUGUCACUUCCCAGGACGCUGGCAGCAGCAGCAGCCCGGAGCCCCCGAGCCCUCGGCAGGUUUGCGUGUCCUUCCCCGCGAUCUGAUUGGAUAAAGUGGGGGCUCGACGGUGGCCGACGUGGGACAGUCUGGCUGUGGCAGGGGUCUCGGAAACCAUGGGUUAUUGCAGUGGCAGGUGCACGCUUAUCUUUAUCUGUGGCAUGCAACUGGUUUGUGUGCUGGAGAGGCAAAUAUUUGACUUCCUUGGAUAUCAGUGGGCACCUAUCCUGGCAAAUUUUGUACAUAUUAUUAUCGUCAUUCUUGGUUUGUUUGGAACUAUUCAGUAUAGACCUCGUUACAUAACAGGAUAUGCUGUCUGGCUAGUCCUCUGGGUUACGUGGAAUGUGUUUGUUAUCUGCUUCUAUUUGGAGGCUGGGGACCUCUCAAAGGAAACAGACCUUAUCCUGACUUUUAAUAUAUCAAUGCACCGAUCUUGGUGGAUGGAGAAUGGACCAGGAUGUACGGUGACGUCAGUGACACCCGCCCCAGACUGGGCCCCAGAAGACCAUCGCUACAUCACCGUCUCAGGGUGUUUGCUGGAGUACCAGUACAUAGAAGUGGCUCAUAGUUCCCUCCAGAUUGUCCUCGCACUGGCAGGUUUCAUCUACGCCUGUUAUGUUGUGAAAUGUAUAACUGAAGAAGAGGACAGCUUUGAUUUCAUAGGUGGCUUUGACUCUUAUGGCUAUCAAGGGCCUCAGAAGACAUCUCAUUUACAACUACAGCCUAUGUACAUGUCAAAAUAAUACAGAUGACUUCAGUAUGUCAGCCCAUGGACCUUUCAAAGAACUUUUUUCGCAGUGGCCUCCUGCAUUUUAUGAAGAGCAAGAAGCAACUGAGUUUAAAUACAUAUACAUAUUAACAAAACAAAUGCAAAGCCUCUACAUACAACACUGACACACACACACACACACACACACACACGAGCACACACACACCAAUUCCACUUGACCUCCUCUUUCUAACGGAAACAGACAAAUAUGCAGGACACGCCCAUCUUGGAUUUCCUGAAAGCAGGCCCCUUUCUCCCAGGCCAUUGGAAAGUUCAGAAGAUGUGUUGAUGCCCAACGGUUGCCGGCCAUUGCUAACUCCUCUGCAGCCCGGCCGGUUGGCCUCUGUGAGCUGGGAAGUCAUCCAAGGCACAUUAGUUUGAGAGCUCUGUCUUCUGCACUCCAUACGUCUUGACAGCACCAUGGCUACUUAGGCAAUGUAAUUGCAAAAACAAACGAAACAUGCCAUGAUGACCUUGUACCCGAAGUCCGAAAUGGCAGAUUGUUUGCCCUAAAGGCUGUACCGUACAUACUUGCCUUAACCCACCUACGUUGUGUGCCCAAGAAUCCCAGUGCAGACAGCCCCAAGUCACUUCCUUUAGGCUAACACACUGCUAUUAAUUCUAAGUGAGCUCAAGCCUGUGUGUUUCAUGUCAAGGAACAAGACUGAAUAGCUCAGCAGCUCCAGUGUGUCUGUAUAAGAAAAGUACCAGCUGUCAGCAAAGUGCUUUACCAUAGAGCCUCCAUGGUGGCCCAAAAGAGACAAGUAACAAUAACAAUAUUUGUCAUCUUUAUAAUUCUAAAAUAUGGUCUUCUGAUGGGGUUGGGGGUGGGACAGAGUAAAACAUUAAUCUACUAAACUCACUAAUCUACUGGAAGCAGAAAGCAGAAAUGGCUUAACUCGCUGAUUUUAUUUAUUGCACUCUAGGUGCUUUUAUAAGUAUCUACAAUUGUCUUUUACUAACACAGAAACAGCUGUGGAUUUCUAUCAACCGAGGCCAACUGAAUAUGUAUUAGCUAUGUUUACUCUUUUAUAUCUAAUUCAAAUUGAAGACUACGUAGGUGAACUUUUUUUUCUAACUUCAGUGUACAAGAUUAUUUUUGGGUGGGUGGGGGGAGCAACAGUUACCUUGGUGAAAUAUUUGAGAUCUUUUUGUGGUAUUUGGGGGAUCUGUUGUGUGUUAGAGUGUAUUUCAACCCUCCUGUAUUAUUGUGGCAGAAAAACUGUGCUGUUAACGUAGUUGGCAACAAGAUGCCUUUGGAAACUUAAUAGUAGGUCAAUGUGUUUAUGGAAUAUUCUGAACUCCUAGGAAAUUUUGUUCUAUAUUUUAAAGCAUUAUUUGGUUUUCAUUAGUGGAAAACAUAAUUAGCUCAGGCUUAUCAGGAACUCAGAUGAGUCAUAUUUUUUCUUGGAUACACCUGAGACAUUAAACUCAAUUUUUUAAAACUAACACACCAUUCGUUAGUGCAGUGAAAUUCAAAAGUUAUAAAUUGGCAUGGAGCAAGUUUUUUCUUUGAUUUCUAUGAAGUUUCAGUUAUUGGAUUAAACUACUUUAGACCUUAGCCCAUUCAGAUCUACAUACACCAGUUCCAUUACUGUGUUUGCAUGGAUGUCUGUAAUAUACACACACAUAUACAUUUGAAAAUGAUAGAGGAACAAAGAGUUAUCAUUGGAACAUAAACUAUAAAAAAAGAUUCCAGCACUCGUGCUUGAAUUUCCUCAGUGGGUUGUAUGUUUGUCCAUACAUACAUGUAUAAAAUAAACAAUUGCAAACAUGUCAGUGAAACCUCAUAUGACGCUUUUAUAGUGACAUGCAUGUUUAAUGUAUGAGAAAAAUAUUUACCAAUGUAUUGUCCUUUGAUUCCUAAAAUAUAAAUACUAUACAUGCCAGAAACUAUUCUAAUGUGACUUUUAAUGUGACUAUUAAAAAUGAGGUUUCACUGUACAUUCAUACUGUGAUGAGAUUUCACCUUAUAGUACAUGUAUAUGGGUACAGAAAAUAAACCCUCAUAUUCCUGCUUUAAGUUACAGCCAAGUUUUCACCAAAUCACAACUAUCAUCACCACCAAAAUUUUAAAAAACAGUAGUUGACUACUAAAAAGUAAUCGGUGGACAGGUCAUUUAUGGGAUCAGUAAGCACAGUAGUGUGAUUAUAUCUGGGAAAACAUCUACAGUUGUACAGCUGUAUCCUCCUCAAAAUCCGGUGAAGAAUGCUAUUUUUCUAGGCUGAGCUUUUGUUAUAAACCUAAUAUUCAGAAGGCAAGGGUUAUGAUCCUGAUGUGUCCUUUUUUUUGCAUUUGUUAAUUCUGAAUGUAUUUUUAACAGAGUGAUUUUUUUGACUUACUAGUGUAAUUUGCAUUUUAAAAAUAAAUGGAAAAAUACUUAA